AUGUUUGAUGCACAGAGCGCCGGGCAAAUUCGCACACAUGUCAUCAAACAGCUCCGGCAAGUGACCCGUAGCCCAGCACACAUUACACACGAGUCCAACCAGACCUUCAUGCGUCGGAUUGGGUCUGAAGAUCCUCUCCAGGUUUUGCAUACGCUGAUGAGCAAUCGAAUUUGCACGGCGCGGGCAAGUCUCUCUCAUCUCCAGCCCAGGGAGGUGCAGAAGCGCUGGGAAGCUUUGCUCUAUCAGAACUGGCAGUGCCUUGAAAGCGCAGAGGCACACUCCCAGACGGGCACGCUCACCGAGGGCUAUGCUUCCCGAUCCUAUAGAUCCAACGAGUUCAUGCAGUAUGCACGUGACGGCGGGCCGGAAGUCUCCAAGCAGCAGUCACUAGGCCAAAGCACAGAUUUGCAAACACAGCAGCCGCGAAUUGCGCAAAAAGAAGUUCGGGACGCGGCCACUGCAGGCGAUGUCAUUGCACUCCGAGCUCUGGUCAGGCCCAUCAGCGUGCAUGCCCAGUGCUCUGGACAUGCGGACGAGCAGGAGCUGAUGAGGGCAGCCCAGGAGCUGCAACAGUUCGGGGGCUACGUCAAGUCUCCGGGGAACCUCUUCUCGGCACUGCCUGCACCGGGAUCGGCCCUCUCGACGGCACCGCAGACGCCAACGGGGGCGGAUCACAUGGACACGAAGGACGCGGACAAAAGGGCGUCUCCGGAGGCCAGCGGCACACCGGCACGGGAGCCACCACAGAAGUGGCAGAAGGCCAGCGGCAAGGGGGACGGCAACAGCCUUGGACCUCAGGAGACCGACCAGGACAAGGACAGCAACAAGGCGGUCGAAGAGGCCGAGACAAGGGGCCCGGUCAGGUCUUCAAGCCAGCGACGCGAGAAGGAAUGGCAGCCCUCUUCUCGUCGAGGAAACGGCCACCAGUGGUGGAAGAAAGAAGUGGAGGUCGAGACCAAGAGGGAGCGCGAACUCCGGGAGCUCGUUCGCGAGCUGGUUCGCCUGGUUUUGAGGCAAGCCGACACGUUGUCUUACUUGCAGAUGGACCUGGGGUUUAUGGUCUUUCUCAAGACCACGAUGCAGCCUCACUUGCCGGAAGAGGAUGCUACACAGGCCAAACAAUGGGCAGUGGUCACCGACCUCUACCAGGCAGCGGAGAAAUGGCACGCGAUGAAGCAGGCGGACCCCAACAGCAUCAACGCCACCUUGAGGACCACCCUGGUUCAUUGCCUCGUUCAAGCUCUCCUGGAACGGGUAUCGGCCCUGGAAUCCAACACGGAGGACCUGGCUCGCCUGGAGAAGCUGGGCCUGAUGGAGGGAGACAAGUUCCUCUACCUGAAGUGGAACGGGGAGCUCCGCCGGCACGAGAAGUCCACCCAGGAGCCCCUCACCUUGGCGCAGGCCAAAACGUACCUGAUGCUGAUCAAGAACCACCUCAUCUUUCCCCGAGUCAUCUUGAGGUUCCAUGCCUUGAGAAAGCUGACGCCCAACAUGGCGUCAGACGUGGUUCCCUUCACGCUCGAGAUCCACAACCGCUGCCGCGAAAGUCAGGAAGUCUACGUGGCAUUCGAACGGAUGUCAUACAACGCAGUUUGGCAUCUUGUUGGCGGCACGGUCAGACCCAGCAAACUGGGCAGGGGACCGCUGGAGAAAGCCGUGGAGGAAGCAGCGAAGCGGUUGUAA